UUUUCUCCUGUGUUUUUCAAUCUCGUUCUGGUCUUAUCGGCCUUGUUUCACUCGCCGAGAGGACAUUUCACGGACACGUACCGCUCUGCAAGCUUUACUAGCCGUCAUUACACCCAGCACUUCUCUAUGGCCCACGCAGUAUACGGUCGUCGCCAGAAAUGCAAGUAUGUCAUCCAGUAAAACAAUUCAAAUACCACUAUCAUCCCUUUUGAACGACAUCUACGAUGGCUAUAUCGAACUUCGAGAUCCCAUUAACGAUCUACCCGAUCUUCUUCGCAACAAUAUUCGGGUAUAUGCGUGGAUGCUCCAAAUUGACGUUGAGUGGGCAUGGUGGACUCAAGUGUGGAACUGGAUGUAUCCUUCUCAGCAUCCCAUGUCAGGUACGUGAAUCGCCAAUUAUCUGGGAUUCUACGACUGAGUUCGCCCGAGACUGAUAUCGAAACCACAGCUCUCAAACAAAAUUAUUCCAGUGGAGAUUUUUGCAGCCUGCACUUGAACGUCCCGUAUGAGUGCUUGGUCUUCUGCUGGUAUCUUCUCCAUUUAAUACAUUUUACUCUCUAGUCUGGACGACACCAUUAGCGCUUUAGGCUCGCUCUGCAAGCUCCCAGUCGUCACAGGAGGCCACGGACCCCUAUUUUGCCUGGAUACCUUAUCGUACGCGGAUUUGGACGGGUUCGUCAGCUAUCUCAAGGCUUCCCUCCCUCAAAGUUCUGCAAAGAUUGAGUUUACAGCAUUAUCACCUAGCGUACCGUUUUCUAGCAAAUUGUUCGUGUUUUGUGCUCUACCAAUCCUUCCUCGACGAUAUUCCCGCUCUCUUAACGGAGUUUUU